AUUAACAUCCCAGAUAAUUUUAAUUGUAUAUAAAUUGAAUAACUACUUUGGCUAUACUAGAUCGUCACAUUUUAUCACUGUGCAUAUUUAAAUUAUACUAAACAAAAAAAAAUAGUUUUUUGUUUAUUAAUCACCAUUGUACACCUGGCCGUAAAAAAAAGUAAUCCACCAUAGACAAGAUUUUGACGUCCGACGCCGCUAAUUCUAUUUAUAUUACGUUGGUAGCACUGUUGCUAGCGCCAUUUUUGUUAUACGCAAGAAGCUGCGUAAGGUGAUUUUUUUUUACUCAUAGCAGUUUGGCGUUAGUGCGAAAGAGAAAGUUGAUUCAGUUUCGUUUAUGUAGCUGCAACUGACCUGAAUAUUUUCUUCAAAGCUUAUUUACGACGUUUCUCAGUGUCUAUGCUAUAGAUACGCAUCCUGAGCGAUACAUACGGUGUAAAGCUUUUAGUGACAAAUGUUUAAUAAAAAUGAAGGAAAACGCGGUACUUAAGUGGCAAAAAGUCUACAAUCCUACUGGCCCCCAACCACGUCCUCGCCAUGGCCAUCGCGCUGUCGCCAUCAAAGAUUUGAUGAUAGUUUUCGGCGGCGGAAACGAAGGAAUAGUUCAUGAGCUCCAUGUCUUCAAUACUACUACAAAUCAAUGGUUUGUUCCUGUUACGAAAGGAGAAGUGCCUCCAGGAUGCGCUGCCUACGGCUUCGUCGUCGACGGUACAAGACUUCUGGUGUUUGGCGGCAUGGUUGAGUACGGCAAGUAUUCUAACGAUUUGUAUGAACUACAGGCCUCCAGAUGGGAAUGGAAACGUUUAAAACCACUGCCACCGAAGCAGGGACUUCCACCAUGCCCUAGACUAGGUCAUAGUUUUACUCUUUUGAAUGGAAAAGUAUAUCUAUUUGGAGGUUUGGCUAAUGAAAGUGAUGAUCCUAAGAACAAUAUUCCCAGGUACCUCAAUGAUUUAUAUACUUUGGAAUUAUAUCCCAAUUCAUCAAUGACUGUGUGGGACAUACCCUUGACUUAUGGGCAGUCCCCUCCACCCCGAGAGUCACAUAGUGGGGUCUCUUAUACUGACAAGAAUACUGGCAAAUCAUCACUAAUUAUUUAUGGAGGAAUGAGUGGAUCCCGUCUUGGUGACCUAUGGGUGUUAGAUGUAGACAGUAUGUCGUGGUCUCGCCCCGAGGUGGGUGGGCCUCCACCGCUUCCUCGUUCUCUGCACACUGCUACUGUGAUCGGUCACCACAUGUAUGUGUAUGGUGGAUGGGUACCACUCGUACCGGACGAAUCUAAACUCGCUACUCAUGAGAAAGAAUGGAAAUGCACAAACACACUCGCUUCUCUCAAUUUAGAAAAUAUGACUUGGGAUAACAUUGCCCUUGACAAGUUCGAUGAAUGCGUACCUAGGGCACGAGCCGGACACAGUGCUGUUGCCAUACAGACAAGACUUUAUAUUUGGUCUGGACGCGACGGCUACAGGAAAACUUGGAACAAUCAGAUAUGCUGUAAAGAUCUUUGGUAUCUCGAAGUAGGUGUGCCACCGCAAGCUGGCCGUGUGGCACUCGUACGUGCUGGUACCACGUCACUGGAAUUAUGUUGGCCAGCAAUGAACACUAUCACUACUUAUGUAUUGCAAGUGCAGAAGUGUGGAAAGGUGACGCCGGCCAGGUUCCCCGCCGCCGCCGAGCCGGUCGCCGCGCCGCCCCCCGCCUCUCCUAUUGCUUCCCAGCCCGACGCAGCCGCUAAAGCAUUCGGACUCACAUCGCCUGUAUCGUCAGGAUUGCCUUCGACGCCGACGGAGUUGCCCGUGCGCCCAGUCGCCGCUGCCGCGUCGCCAGCCCCGACCAUAGUUACUACUCCCCAGAAAAUACUACCAGGUACUAUCAAGGUAGCUUCUCAAGCCGCCGCCACAGUCAAGAUAUCACCCAAUACGCCGACGCUUAAACAGGCUACGUACCAAGCUAAAACGGUCGUCAAAUCUCCAGCCGCGGGGUCUUCGCAGCAGAUCAAAGUUGCGGCUGUCACUCCUCAAGGUGUUACGAGGAUAGUGAGUGGCGUGUCUACGCCGACCACGGUGCGCGUGUCCACCGCUCAAUCUAGUGCACAGAUUGUUCUAGGCUCUGGAACUUCAGCUGGUACACCGAGAUUCGUGCAAGUGAAGACCGGCGGCAGUGCCGGCGUCCCAGUCAAACUGGGUGCCGGCAACGUCCCUGUCAAACUCACGGGCAAUCCAGUACCUCUCAAAAUCGGCACGGCCAAUCUGCAGGGCAAGAUUACGGCGAAUAGCGUUCAAAAGGUCGGACAAGUGGGAUCCACAAAUGUUCCUUUGAAAUUAGGUGCCGGCAACGUCAAGAUUGGUACGAGCAACGUGCUCGUGAAGACAGCGGGUGGCGUACCAAUACAAGCGGGUGUCGCGAAUCUCCAAGCGAAAGGAGUGCCUGUGAAACUCGGAGCUGGGAAUCUCCCUGUGAUCGCCAGCAGCGGGGGUGCUAUUCAAAUCACCGGCGGUGCCUUAGGCCAGCAAGUUAAAACGCCAGUAUACAAAAUCGUAACGGCUAAAUCUAGUGAGCAAUCUGGGACAGUAGCGACCUCGACAGUAGCAGCGGGCGCGACGGUGUUACGACAAGCGACAGGCAACGCCGGAAUACCAGUCAUAAUCAAGAAAACACCUGGCGGGAACGCUCAAGCAAGCAAUGCACCUCAGUAUGUCACCUUGGUUAAGACGUCCACAGGUAUGACGGUGGCUACAGUCCCUAAAAUGGCGAUGGUACAGAACCGACCCGCCGUUCCCGUAAGCGCGGCACAAGCUCAGAAUAUCGCGCCGGGCGCUACGAUUGUGAAGUUAGUGUCUGCAAACACUGUAGGUGGUAAUAAAAUCAUCACGCUGCCCUCGAACGUGCUCCAGCUGAGCAAAUCUGGUGUAGGUGGCAAGCAGACUAUCGUCAUCACUAAAUCAGCCAGUCAGGCUGCCUCCUCAAACCAACCCCAGUGAACCCUGAAGUAUCUCACGUUGUGAAGUGAGCCAGGAUUGUGCCGAAUCGAGUUGGAUAGUAUGCCACUGCGAGUGUGACUUAAAUAAUAAAUUAACGAUGCAGACGCAGUGGUAUUCUAGAAUGUAAAUUUUUAAUGUGAAACACUUGAUAGUGAGUUGGUUGAACUAUAGUAUAUUUUAAAUCAUAAUUAUAAUAGAAAUAUGAGUUUUUGUAUGUUACAUGGGUCUGUGUAGAAAGUGUCCUCAUAGUUUUUCUAAAAUAUUUUAUUUACUCUCUUAAUAUUAAUAUUAUUGAUAGAAUAAAAUAAUAUUGUCUAAUAUGUACACUGAAUCGUAACCACUUCAGGAUCUGUCAUUCUGUAGCCAUAAACUUCUAAAAGCACUCAUUUCUUUUUGCACUCUGAAUGUUUAUGAACAAGGUUUUCAAUGUUUGUGCUCUGUUCCUAACAUAGCUAUGUGAAAGUGCCUGUACGUGAAGUCUUAAUAUUUUUUGAAAUGGAAAUAAAAUGAUGGCAUCUGCAAAACUAGAAUUAAGAAAACAUACAGGUUUGUAUGAUUUUUUUAACCUGUAAGUUUGAUUUUGCAAUUUUUUUAUUUAUAAAUUUAUACGCUAUGCUUUUACCUGUUGUACUCUUUGAAAAUGAGCAUACCUAUCUCAAACACUUUGGAAAAUUUAUAUUAAAAUGUUUUGUCUUCCGCAAUAUUUUCCUAAAGAAACUUGCCUGUUUCCGUUUUAUCUUGUUAACUGCUCAGUGUGAAAUCUGUGUAUUGAUAAAAUGCAUAAUUAGCCGGAGAAACUGUUUUAUCUGCUGCUAAUGUGGCUGCUGUUAUUCAUAUGGAUAUUUCACAAAGUGUAUAUUAUUCCUAUGAAUGAAAGCUCUAAGAAUAUGUUCAAUCUUGUUUGGUUAGUUUUAGUAUUACAUCAUAAUAUUAAGCUAUUAUUUAAGUUUUAUAUGACAAGAUGUUAAUGUUCAUAUCGAUGUAACAAUGAGUGUUGUGUCCGUUCUGCAAGCGCCUUAAUCUUUGUUAUUUCAAAUUCACCGGAGGCUACUUUGUACUGAUUAUCCUGAUAAAUUGCUAAAUUGCCCUCAAUCCAAUAACGUUGCCUUUUAAUGUGACAUGUAAAAUUGUUGUGCCUACGUUUGUUCAUAAACAUGUCAUAUCUCUCAAAAACAUGUAACAGGCAUCCAUUUUACAUUGACAAUCGAUUGAUAACUCAUUAUCAAUAAUAAUGUUCUGUAAGGUAAUAAUUGACAUAAAAAUGCAGAAUAGUAUUGCUUUCCGAAUAAAUUCUAUUCUGUAAUCAAAUAGGAUUUGUCCAUAACGAACAAGAUUGGUGGGUCAAAUUAAUUAUUUGAAAUAUAUUUUUUAUUUUAUUGAUAACUUAGGUAUAGUGCAAUCUUGUGUAAUGGUAUUCUGCAUUUCUAUUCGCGGUAAGUACGUAGUAGUAAGUAUGUUCGUAGGAUUAUCACUGAGGUAAGCGAGCUACGGAAUGUAAAUAUCAUUAAGUAGAUAAAUUUAAUGUUAUAGUUUGUUCAUAUUAUGUUCAUUUGCUUGAAUAAACGAUUUGGAUAAUGUGUGGCUUUCAUUAUGGCGACUUUCCUUCGAGCGAACAAGUAAUCUGUAAAGGUGAUCGCACAUAUAAUGCGAUUCAACUAAGAAUAGGACCGACUGGGCGCCAUAUUUUGACGUCAUAACUGUCAAUUCAAACCGAAUAGGUAGAGUGAGCAAAACAAAGAUUUUAUUAAAUAAAACUUCUAACUAAGAUUAAGUUAGAAAAAACAUCAGAUUUUUUAUAUUAAAAUAUUGUGGGUUACCUAUAAUGCGAAGAGAUGGCGCUGCCUUGCAGCUUAAGAAUGGCUAAAGGAAUUUCGACGCGGUCCGUGAGGGCCGCGGUAGCAUAAUUGGUCAGUGCAUUCGCCCGGAUUGCGAAGGGUGCGGGUUCGAGUCCCGUCUGCUGCCUGGCCCGCGUGGAUUUUUUUCUAGUCAUAUUUUCUUUAGAAUUAAAAUAUUUACUAAGAUUAAGAAAAUAAAACAACCAAUUUUUAACAAUAUUUAUUUAUUAAGACUAUGAGAAAAAACAAAUCAGAAUUUAGCUCUUCAAUUGCGCUCAUCUCUGCAUUACCGCCGGAGUAGUUAUGAAUAAUCAUGCACUAUUACCAGGUCACAUACGAACAUGCAUCCUUUAGGUAAACGAAUGUUUUUAAAUUGAGUUUACGAACGCAACUUAAAGUGACAUUUGGUUGACGGUUUAGGUUAUCAAUCAUUCAUAGCCAAAGCUCAAUAAAUGAAAAAAAAUGUCAACCAAUAUUAAUUAUCAAUAUUUGUUAUUGUUUGUUUACAAAUGUGUGGUUUUCAUUCUAGAAUGCUAAAAAAGGGUUCCAAGUUUUUUUGCAAAACGUACUUUUCAAGCACCAUUUGACAGUUGGAGGUCAUUGGCUUUCCUAUUCUUAUUUGAAUUGCAUUAUAUGUCCGUACGCGCCGUAUUUCCAUAUAGUAGAGACUACCAAAAUGCGGCGCGUACGGUGCUGAUGGAAGUGUGUGCGUGUGAUAAAGUGAUAAAUGAUGAUUGCGUAUUUAAAACGAAUUCUAAAUGCGGCGCGUGCGACGACGCUCCCGGUGCGGACGUAAUGUGUGCGAUUACCUUAUGUAGUCACUAUGGGCGUUCGAUAACCACGAUGCGUUGCUGCGUGGCGGCGUUGUGGCUGUCGGCGCUGACUACCCUGGCGGCGGCCGCCGGAGACCUUGCGCCCGCGCAGACUGACAACGAAGUAGAAUUAUCUGACGAAGAGAAGAGAGCAUGGCAGAGUUUACACGGAGGUUGGGGCAAGAGGGGCUGGCAGGACAUGGGCUCCACGUGGGGCAAGCGAGGCUGGCAGGACCUCAACUCCGCCUGGGGCAAGCGCGCCUGGCAAGACCUCAACUCCGCAUGGGGCAAGCGAGGGUGGCAAGACCUAAAUUCAGCAUGGGGCAAAAGAGGUUGGCAAGACCUCAACUCGGCGUGGGGUAAACGCGCUUGGAGUGACAUGAAUCAAUCCCCGUGGGGCAAACGAGGCUGGCAGGAUAUGAGCUCCGCGUGGGGCAAGCGCGCCUGGCAAGACCUUAACUCUGGCUGGGGCAAGCGAGGCUGGCAAGACAUGAGCUCGGCGUGGGGCAAACGAGGCUGGCAAGAUAUGAGCUCUGCGUGGGGCAAAAGAGCACCGGAAAAAUGGGCGAACUUCCACGGAUCUUGGGGCAAGCGAUCGGGACCUGAGACUGACUACGAAGACUUGGAGACUGCCAUUGAACAACUGGUGCCAGUACAACAGCUAGAGGAAGCCGAGAGGACGGUGGUAGAGAGUCCAGAGAAGAAGGCAUGGUCAGCCCUGCACGGUGCGUGGGGCAAACGGCCCAUCAAGUCACACAACAAUAAUGAGAGCAGUGCGCCGACACAGGAGGCCUAGACCGCUGGCAACGUUGUAAUAUAUAACUUACUAGCAACAGUCAUAUCCAUAGGUACAACAUACUUAGUGUCCGCUUCUAUUUGUAUUAAAAAAAAACCUCAUAAAUUUCCCAUUUUUUUCCCCAUUCUGUUGGAACGCUCAUUAAUUGUUCUCACUCCCAACCGGUGGGAAUAAUUAAUGCCGAACACUUGUUCCUUUCCUAUUUAAGUUCCAUGACAGACCCACCACCAUACCCCCAGGGAUAGGGUAGGCUUGUUGAAAAUAUAUCGAUAUAUCGAUAUUUUUUGUCCGAUAUAUCGAUAUUUUAUGCCGAUAUAUUUUGAUUCGAUAUAUCGAUACAUCGAUACAAAAUAACCAAUAUCGAAAUUCGUAUCAAAAACGAUAUUUUUUUAAUUAUUAGCGGCAUAUCACGAUCUAACUAAAUUCGUAUCUGGAAAAAUCGUAACUGGAUCUCAGAUUAAUGAUAUUCAACAUAUCUAUGAUCUGUGCUGUAUUUACUAUUAUCUGUUAUUUGUAAAUCUGUUUCGCUGGUGAAUUAGUUGUGCUGAUUUCCAUUAUAUUCUGUGAAGUGUGUGACUGUCUAGUCUUGUUUACGAAAGAGACCCUGCAAUCAUUUACCUGAGAGGCCCUGCAAUCAUUUUCAUCAUUCGAAAAUAGGGUCUAUUUUUAGGGAGAUAAUUUUCGUUCCAUUAUUAUUCCGCGUGUCAUAUUUCGUGAGAUACUGCACGAUAUUUUUGGGAAAAUUGGUCCGAUAUAUCGAAGCCGAUAUUGAUAUUUUUUAAAAGAUCGAUGUAUCGAUAUAUCGAUAUUUUUUUCAACUUUCGACAUCCCUAGGGUAGGGUGGGACUGAACCAUACCACCGUAGUGCUGUGCACUAUAUGCUUGCAGGUUUUGUUUUUCCGAAUAUUACGUAGGUACCUGGUGUCAAUAGCAUCCCAUACGACAUAGUAUAAAUAUGUACUAUACUGUACUGUAAUAUUGUAGCAGUCCCGUCCGCUGCCUGGUCCGCGUGGAUCUUUUUCCUAGUAAACUUUUCUAUAGAUUAAAAUCUUUUAAGUUUUUCUGUUUUAAAAUAAAUAACAAAUUCAGUAUUUGUUAGAUUUUUAGGUUUUGCCAGUACUCCUUAAGAAUUGAUUUUCAUAUAAGGCCCCCCGGUAUGAAAAAAAUAUGAGGAGUAAAAUCUACUGAACAAAUGACCUCGUUACGUUUUCGGUUUUUUUUGUUAAACUAAAUAUUUGUAUCUGUUAGGUAUCUAUUUUUAUUCUAUUAUUCCAUAAAAUCCCAGUACUACAAUGGUGGUAUGGUUCAGUCCCACCCUACCCCCAGGGGUAUGGCUAGAGGUAUAGUGCGUCUGUCGUGUUAAGUUCGUUAGUGUAUCUUAUAUUGAUAUUUUCGUAAUGAAAUUUCGAUAUCGCGUACAAAUAUAGCUGGUAGCUACGUCAUCUUCUAGAGUUAAAGUGUCAUCGUAUCGUUAGCGAGUAAGCAAUGUAUACAGAUAUUUGUACGGUGUUUGUAAUGUUAGAAGUUGGGCCGGUGUGACUAUGUAAACACGCUAGUUAGGAACUAAUGAUUAUUAUUAAUAAAUAAAUUAAUUGUAUUUUAUUAGAGAGUUGAUGUAAAUUGUGACGAUACUUCUCAUGGAGUUGACGUUUGUCCAAUAAAAGUUUAUUCGGAGC